AUGGCACCUGAGAAGAAUUACGAGAAGCACUAUGAAUUUGAACAAGCCACAGUUAAAGCAAAACACCGAACUAUUACAACUAGUAUCGGUGAAACUGUUGAACUAGUAAUGACUUUAGAUAAAGUUGAAGCCAGCAGAUUACGAUGGAAAAAGGAUGGGGGAUCUGAUAUUAAGGAGUGGGAAGGGUUAAGCAAUGUGAGUCUCGAAAACGUUCGGAAAAACGACGCUGGUAUAUACGAAUGCUACCCGGUAGGACAACGACACAUGGGUAAACACGCUAUAUUACGGUUACUUGUUCGAGAGUGUUCUCGUGAAAAGUGGUGGCUUCCUAAUUGCGAACAAGAUUGCCCCGUAUGUUAUAAUGGAGGCGUGUGUUCUGUUAACCUAGGAUCGUGCAUCUGUCCUCCAGGCUUUAAAGGAGAUAACUGUGAACAUGCAGAUAAUCUCACUACGGAUGAAAGAUCAUGUAUCAAACAACUCAGGCAGAAUCCUAACAUUGUUAUUAAACCAGCAGAUAAAGGAAGUGCGGUUACUAUCCUGAAUACCCAUGAUUACAUUACGGAAGCCGAAUGA